AUGGGCCACCGCCACCUCCUCGGUUGUGUCGCGGCGAGCACAAAAUCGAACCCUACUGUUGCCUGUUUAAGUUGCACACACAAUGUUGGCCUGGUGAAUGGCAAGUCUUCGUUGUCUUCGAGCAGUAUCGAACUUCUUGAAGUUUUGAGUCAGUAUACCCUAUUAUACCCCAUAUUGGCCAAAUUAUUGAUGCCUUUAUUCAGACUUGCUCCCGACAACGUCCUCCAGAUAGUAACGGCAAUUUCUUCACCUUCCUACCUGAAGGGUUUCGCCAUCAGUCGCACGAAGCUAACGAGGAUGUGCACUAACGACAAUGUAAAGUCCACCGAAGGCCGUCUCUUAAUGGAGAUGUUUAUCGGUUCUCAAGUUGACGGACGCAAAUAUCGAAUCUUAUCCGGGAAAAACAAUGACGUUCCGAAUGCCAAGAGCGAAUUAAUCAUCGUAAUUGAGGAGGAUUCGGACAAGGAGAAGCUCAAGAACGGUUUGGAGGAAUGGAAGGGAAAAUUAGUAGAUCAUCAGCUCGAGCGCAUGAGAGAGUUCGUACUGGAUGGUCCGGGAGUGUGGAAGAGAAUGAGCUCAGGCUACUAG